AGCACUGUGUACUCCUACCUUCCCUCGCACGGGCGAAACCAUUUUAAAAAAAAACGCCCAUUAGGACAUCGGCCGUUAACAAAAAAAUUGUAAAAAAUUCUACAGUCAUAAUUGCAUAAUAAAGUAUAGACACCCCAGAAUCAUUUUUAUUAUUGGUCUGUAGACAGGGAUUUUAUUUAUUUUGAUAUUGUUUUAUUAACAUUUAAUUUAUUUCAUAGUAGAUGUAUUUUUGUUUGGUGUGCAUUAGGUGUGCUGCAAAUCAUGCAGGGACAACCUAUAGCCAUCACUUUUUCCCCCUGCUAUAGGCCAGAGUUAAAAGUUUCUUCUGACAGAGGGCAACCAUGUGACCAUAAAUUGAGGCACCUGGCUUCCACCUAAUCAAAAUUAAAUUCCAUGUUGAAAUACCAUGUUUUCCUGAAAAUAAGACUGAUUAUAUUCAUUUUUGCUUCAAAAGAGGCAUUAGGGUAUUUUCAAGAGAUGUCAUUUUUUUGGCUAAUUCAAAAAUCUACGUUUAGUCAAAAUCUAAUAAAGUCAUGUCAUCUUCUUCUGGAACAUCAUAACGAUCAAAACCCUGAAUUUUUUGCAACUCUAGUUCACAUUGAAUCAUUGUCCAUUGUUUUAAGCAUUCAUGUAAUAUUUCUUAUUUAUAUGUUAAUGUCAUUACUUUAUAACUGGAUGUCAUUUUCAAUAAGCAAACAAAAUUCAUUCAUCUUGAUGAUCUUAACUAGGACUUAUAUUUGAGGUAAUGACUUAUAUCACAAACAUCCCGAAAAAUCAUUAUAAGACUUAUUUUCGGGGAAACAUAGUGGUAGAGAUUGAAGGAUAGAGGUGCAUGAGUACCAGGAGAAAGUCUACCAGCCCUGAAGAUGGGGGUGGAAGCUGGUGGGGAGGAUGGCUACAGUCAGCAAAGGACAUGAGUACAGCAGCAUAUGACAUGGUGAAAAAAGAUCUGGCAGAGUUUGGCUGUACGAUGCAGAAAGAUGCAGGUCAUGCUGUUGCAGUUACGAGCAGCACAUUUAAAGAGUCUUUGAAGACUGAGAAUACUUCUGCAGCCCGAGACAAGGUAUCUAAAGGACUGAAUGCACUGCUUGAGGGCAUUUCAAAAGCCCUUACCGUCCCACCAGAUGAUGAGGGACAGAUCCCUAUUACACGAGGAUCAGCCGCAGGAAUAUAUGACAGAGCGAAGGCCAGACUGCAUGCCAUACAAAUCGACCCUGACACUUACAUUCAGCCCCCAAGUGGACCUCCUGAGACUUUCACCAUGUGGUGCUCUGGUUUUGAUCUGGAGAGCGUCAAGGGAGAAAUAUCAGAACUUCUGGUCUCUAAGGUCGAGGUUCGAGGUCUGUACACCAAGCUGGUGCCAGCAGAGAUGUCUCAUGUAGAUUUCUGGCAGCGUUAUUUUUACAAGGUCCAUCAAGUACAGAUAGACCAAGCCCGCAAGGAAGCUCUUAUGAUGCGAGCAGAGCAAUCACGAACAGAUGACCCUAUCAACUGGGAUGAUGACUGGAGUGGAGAUGAGGAAGAUCAGGGCAGUGACUGGGAAAGGCUUCCUAGAGCCGGGGAACCAGCCUCAGCAAUUUCAGUGGCCAGAGGUGCUGACAGACAAGUAGAAGCUGCAGUCUCAUCCAUUCCUGAUGGCACAGCACUGAGGGAGGAGAAUUCUGUGCAUGUUGUGGAUCUUGAUUCUUGUGCUUUGUCGCCUGUCCAAGAGACCCAAACUGAGAACUCGCUAGUUAACAUGGAUAGAGAACAAAACUUCUCACAAGUUGAGGAUGCCAUGGAGAGAGAACAGAACCUCUUACAGGUUGAGGUUGUCAGUGCUGCAGCUCAUUUGUCUGCAUCUACAGCUCUUGACAGUUGUGUCCAGCAGGAAUCAACUGAUACUGCAUUGGUUCUUCCCAAUCAUGUAGAACCAGAAGUGCAAACUCCAGUGAAUCUUUCCAGUGGCAGUGUCAGUUGUGAACAGAAGCUGUCUCCCAAUGAUCACGUGGCCCUUACUGUCAUGACCAAUGCUGAUGCAUCUCCACUGGAAGCAUCAGAAACAAAGAAAGUCGCCCCUGGUGAUGCCAAAGAGUCAGCGCCUACCUGUGUAGGCAUACAGGAUCAAGUGCCUCAGUCAGUUUCUCCCCUGCAACAAGCAGAAGAGGUGACUGCAACUCCUUUAACCACGUUGUCUGAGAUCAUGCCUGAAGCUUCACCAGCCUGUUCUCCCUUGAUGUCUGCCACACCCACUGCUGAACUGUCAUCUCAGGUGUGUUUACCUGAUGCAAUGCCUUCUUCUCCUUCAUCAAGAACGCAGCAGGAACCAUCACAGCCAUCCCCCAUGAUUUCCACUUUCAGCCCCAUGCAGGAAGCAACAGUAUCCCUGGCAGUGGCAGUAGAGGGUCGGGACAUCAAGACUACCAUCAAAGGUGAUAUUGUCCUAGUGGGAUCUGACCAUGGCAGCCCAGUCUCCACUACCAGUGAUCCUAAAGAUGUCAGUGCCGAUGAGGACUGGGAGCAGGAUCUAGAUAUAGAACUGACCGAGGAGGACAUGAAAGCUGCAGAGGAGCUUGCCAAGAAAAUGGGAGAGAAUAUUGAUCUUGAGAACACAAAGGAUGACUGGGAGAAUUGGGAGUGAUAUGCCAUCAGUACUCAGUUAUGUGAGAAAUGGAUUGUUAGAAGAACUUCACUUCAGGACAGGGGAAUUCUUUUCUGUUUGUCUUUUUGUUAAUGCUUUCUUGCCCAUUGAGACACCAGAUUUUGACAUUUUGUGUGAGCACAGAUCAUCACAGCACAUUGAAUUGAGUGUUAUAACUUGUGCUGUACAUACAGAGUGCUAGUAGUAGGAGCCAUUACUUCUUAGUGGUUCGUCUCUACUCCAGAUAUAUUGCACUCUGUGAUUCAUAGCACUGUUGUACAACACUGGUAAGGUUCUUGUGGUUUACAAAGUGAUUUGUGUAAAGAGCUUUGGUAUAGUGAAAAGUUAAUGAUGGGAUUGUAUAAAAGUAGCAUACGCAAAAGUAAAUUAUGCAGUUCAUGUGAAAGUACUCAUAUGGGGCAGGGACAUUUAUCGUAUGAUUUCUUUCAAGGUAUUGUACUGCAUUUUUAAGUUAAAGCUUGUACUGCAUUUUUAAGUUUGUUUACUGCAAAUUUUAUGCAACAUUGCCAAAUGUUUGGCAAAGGCAUUAUAUGCCCUUCGUGCAUAUUUUGACUAAAUGUGCUACACUUUUAUUUUUAAUAUUUACUAAAUAUUUGAUGUUGAGAGAUCCUAACUAAAAAUCUCUACAUUCGGGUCUCAAAUAACACUAGCAGUGUUUUGCCAACACAUACCUUUGCAGUAAACAUUACAAUAAUCACAAGGUAUGGUAUAUAUAUAUAUAGAAAAUUAAUAAUGUAAUAAGAGCAUGGUGAAGCAGCAAGCAGAAUAGCAUUGUAUUGCUGAGACUUCUUGAAAACAUGAGAGAAUUAGACUGUACAUUGAAGAGAUUUUUCAUUGUCUUUUUGCAUAGUCAUUCUUGUUUUUGAACUAGUCCUGCAAGUUUAUUGUGUAUAAUCUAGUACUUUCUGUACAGUCUGUGAUUUCCACAUGACAAAGGCUUGUGAUGCUGAAACAUUUUACAGCAGGGAUUGGUAUUUGUUGCCAUGUUUGAAGGAUGGCACUAUUACUGUCAUUAAUGGCAGGUUGCAUAACUGUAAAUAGUCAAGGGUGCGUGGGGACUUGUAAAUAUUCAUUGUAUGCAGGUGCUUCAGAUUCUUCCCCAACCCCCUACCAAAACCCCUGAUUGUGGUUUGAUUCAGCAGAAAUAGAGAACAUUUCCUUAAAACAAUGUCUGUUGAAGAUGUAUAUCUCAUGACAGAAGAGGGAAAUACCUGACUUCUUUCAUAAAUAUUUAAAGUUAUACAUUUUUAUACAUUAAAAUUCUUUAAUGGGUAUCAGUAAGUUUGUUGCACUAUGACAGGAGACGUUAUUUCUUGAACGUUGUAGAGUAUGUCGUGGAAGCUACAUAAAGUUUGUGAAACAUUUACGACAAAAUGAAUGCCCUGGAUAUUUCACAAAACUUUAUGAUACAAUUUUGAUAGUCUUAUCAGUUCAAACGGGCAAAUUUUAGAACCACUAGAAAUAUCUUUUGAGCAGAACAAAUUAAAAUUGGGAGUGUAAAAUGUGAUAUUAUAUCCAGCUCACCUAAACACUUAUCUGAUUAAUGACUGCGGCUGAUGGAUAAACUAAUAGAAAUGCUUCUUGAUAAUCAACAUUGCACCGAGCUGUAUAAUUGUUUCAUAUAAAGAGGUGAUAUUAAAUGCUUUAAAUGGGA